CACAAACUCUACAAAUGCAUAAAACCAAACUAUUCUGCCACAGAAUUUUCAGUUUGGGAGAUUUUGUUAUUGCUGAAACACGACCCAACUAGUUGUUCUGCUUUCAAAACUAUCUUCAACCAUUAUCUAAUUACUUAAAGAGAUGCCUAAUUAUACAUUAGAGCAUUCACCAAAUGCAAUACUGAACAAGUCAGUAUUGUAUAACUACAUGAGCCUACCAAUUCCAGAUGGAAUAUGCCAAGCUACAUACGUAUGGAUUGAUGGAACCGGCGAAAACCUAAGAGGCAAAACUAGGACCUUGAAUUUCGUCCCAGAAAAACCGGAAGAUCUUCCGAUAUGGAAUUACGAUGGAAGUUCGUGUUAUCAAGCCGAUGUAUCAAAUACUGACACUUAUUUGUAUCCUGUCGCCCUUUACAAGGAUCCUUUUACGAGAGGCAAUAAUAAAUUGGUCCUUUGCAACACGUUCAGAUACAACAAGAAACCAACAGAUUGUAACAAAAGGGUGAAAUGCCUUGAAGCAAUGAUUGCUGCUAAAGAAUCCGAACCGUGGUUUGGAAUUGAACAAGAAUACACGCUUCUGGACAUGGAUUUGAGACCGCUGGGAUGGCCCAAAAAUGGUUUUCCUGGACCUCAAGGCCCUUAUUAUUGUGGCGUUGGAGCCAACAAGGUCUAUGCACGUGAUAUCGUUGAAGCCCAUUACAGAGCUUGUUUGUAUGCUGGCAUCACUAUAUCUGGUACCAAUGCGGAAGCUCUUCCAUCUGGAUGGGAGUUCCAAGUUGGUCCGUGCGAGGGUAUUUCAGCGGCGGACGAGUUAUGGAUGGCAAGAUACAUUUUACAUAGAGUCGCCGAAGAUUUUGGAGUUAUAGUCAGUUUUGACCCUAAACCAAUGGAAGGAGAUUGGAGUGGAUCGGGUGCCCAUACGAACUUCUCUACAAAAGCUAUGAGAGAAGAGGGAGGCAUCAUCGAAAUCGAAAAGGCCAUUGACAAACUAUCUAGAAACCACUUGAGGCACAUCCAGGCUUACGAUCCAAAGGGAGGAAAGGACAAUGAAAGGAGGUUGACCGGAAAACAUGAAACUUCUUCAAUCCAUGAUUUCAGUGCUGGUGUCGCAAAUCGUAAGGCAAGCAUAAGAAUUCCCAGAGCUUGUGCGGAGGAUAAAAAGGGAUAUCUGGAGGAUAGAAGGCCAUCUUCUAAUUGUGAUCCCUAUGCUGUUACUGAAGUUAUCGUCAGAACUUGCGUUCUGGAAUAAUCAAAAAAUUAUGUCAGCUUUAUUAAUUUAUCGUGUCGAUUAAAUUAUAAAUGUGUCGUUUGUGAAUAUAUACUUAUGUGUAGUAUUGAUUAAAUUGAAACUUGGAUAUAAUGAAUGUGAACAUUUAACUAAAUAAAUGUAAUUCUCAAAUCUA